AUGGCAUCCGAUAGCUACCCUUCACAUGAGGACAGGAAGAAGAAGAAGAAGAAGAAGGCUGAUGUCCUGAAGGUCCAGGUGGACAUUGAUGAGCUCACAGCCUCUGGCAACAUUGCCCUAAAGCAAGGGGACUGUGAAGAAGCUCUCAGCUGCUUCAAAAAGGCCUUCAAAGCUUCCAUAGAGCUAAAGGAGACCAGGGUCCAGCGGGCAUGUGCCUUUAACUUGGGAGCUGCCUAUGUGGAGGCAGGUAAAGCCCAGAAGGGGCUGGACUUCCUGAAGCGUGCCCAGCCAGGAGAGAGGGGCGAGCGGGUAGCAGACCUCCAGUUCAACCUGGCUGUAGCCCAUGAGACCCUGGGGAACCACGGCCGUGCGGCUGGUCACUACCUCCAGGCAGCCCAGCUGUACCGCUCCCAGGGGGACGGGGCCAGUGAGGGGGACACCUGCAUGAAAAUGUCCCACUGUCACCUGCUCCUACAGGACUGGACCCAGGCAGCUCAGAGCUUCCAGAGGGCUGGGGAGAGCUACAGGGUGGCAGGCAAGCUGGACUCAGCCGCCACGGCCUUCAAAGAGGCAGGAAGUCACAUGCUCCAGUCAGAUGACUUCACCAUGGAUGAUAUCAUCACCGUGCUUACUGAUUGCCUCGAGCUGAGCGACAACAUCAAAGACCCAGAGAUGCUCGGUAAGGUGUACAACGACCUGGGCUUGAGUUUCUCCCAGCUGAAGUUGUUCCAGGAGGCAGCCGGGUGCUAUGAGCGGGCCCUGCCCCUGGCCAGCACCAAGCCCAGCAGGCUGGCUGUGGUCCUACAGAACCUGGGAGCCGUUCACAACACACUGAGCCAGUACCGGCAGGCCCUGGACUACCACCGCCAGGCAGCCAGCCUGCAUGGGUCUUUGGGCAGUCGUCGUGCUCAGGGCCGCUGCUUCAGUAACUUGGCCUUUGCCCUCAGUCAGCUGGGGGAGCAUGAGGAGGCAGCAGAGAACUACCUCCACGCCCUGCAGGCCUUCAAAGACACUGAUGACUAUAAGGGCCAAUGGCAGGCUUGUGAGGGUUUAGGGGAAGCUCGUUUUAAGUUGAGAGACCUGGAGAGAGCCACCCUCUACUACAAACAAGCUCUGGGUUUACUGUCAAAGUGCAAGGACUCGUCCAGCUCGGUCCAGGAGCGUCUGGUCAACAAGCUGAGUGAGGCCCUGCAACACAGGCUGUCACUGACCAUCCCUGGAAAACCCCAGAGAGGUCUCGGCCCUCGUCUACAUACUCAAAAUAGAAAAGCUGUUCUGAAUGGCCAUAGGGCAAAGAACGAGCCCCAAGUGAGUGGAGCUGGCUCUGCAGAGGUGUCUACCGAAGAGCAAGGGAAGGAGGAGGAAGCCCUGGGGCCAGAUGGAGAACAGGCACACACAGUGACCAUGGGAGAAGCAGGUGACUCCCAGUCACCGGUGACAGGAUCUCUCACUGAGCAGCCGGGCUAUCUGACUGUGCUGCCAGGGGCAAACAGGAACCUGAAUAAUACAUAUGAGCAGCCCGAUCCUCAUUACCAGACCCCAUCAGACCACCCUGGACUCACCCAGCAGCGUGAGCAUUUAUAUGAGAGCAUUAAACCGAGGACAACACAGACUAACAGUGAGACUCCAUUGUCCGAGAGCUCCGAAGUUCCACCCACUGGUGUGUCAGAUAAUGAAGAGACCAUACCCCUGUUAAAGAAAUGGAAGUCCCAAAUCUGCACAGUCAUGUGACUAGAUGCAAGUCCAGGCUAAUGUGGUUGGUUAAUUGAAAGUAUUCAUAGGAAUGACUCUAUUGAGUGUAUUUCUAUGGGUCAAAUCUGCUCUUUGCAAAUUGGUAUAACAUUUUUUAAUGCACAUGUAAGUAAGUGCUACUGUAGAAUAUUGUCUGUCUCAUCUCCGGCACGUACAAGUGUUGCCUUGUCAUUGCCUUUGUCUUCCAAACACUCCUUGUGUGUAUGCUGGUCAUUGUCCCCCACAAUGAAAUCGGGAGGGGACUGUGGAUCUGUCUCCGUCCGUUAAUACAUUAGUAUGUUCGUUCGUAUGUUAGUCACAAGCGAUAUCUCAGACACCACUGUCCCGAUUUUAACGAAACUUCGGUGAAUGAUGCGUCUUGCCAUAGAGCUCCGUCAUUUACAAAACUACACUGAUUGGCCCAAGGGAAGCGCUGCAUCAUUCGUGGGGGAUGACAUGUUUACUGUUGCCUUAUUUCAAGAUGUCUUGAUAGUCAAUAUUCUAAGAUUGUCAUAAUGUGUAUAAUUUCUUUGAUCAUGUUAACUUAAAUCUCUACUCUUCAGUUGAAUAAUGGUUGUACAAUUUGAAAUAAAUGUAAUCUAUUUUUGAACUAUUUAA